AUGGGCAAUUUGAAGAGUGUGGGCCAGGAGCCGGGGCCUCCCUGCGGCCUGGGGCUGGGGCUGGGCCUGGGCCUGUGCGGCAAGCAGGGCCCAGCCUCCCCGACAGCAGAGCCCGGCAAGGCACCGGCACCCGCACCCCCACCCCCACCCGCGCCAGACCGCAGCAGUCCCCCGCUCACCAAGCCCCCGGAGGGGCCCAAGUUCCCUCGUGUGAAGAACUGGGAGGUGGGGAGCAUCACUUACGACACCCUGAGUGCCCAGGCACAGCAGGUGUUUGAUGCCCGGGAUUGCAACUCUGCCCAGGAGAUGUUCACCUACAUCUGCAACCACAUCAAGUACGCCACCAACCGGGGCAACCUCCGCUCGGCCAUCACAGUGUUCCCCCAGCGCGCCCCAGGCCGCGGAGACUUCCGAAUCUGGAACAGCCAACUGGUGCGCUACGCUGGGUACAGGCAGCAGGAUGGCUCCGUGCGGGGGGACCCAGCCAACGUGGAGAUCACUGAGCUCUGCAUCCAGCACGGCUGGACCCCGGGAAACGGCCGCUUUGACGUACUGCCCCUACUGCUCCAGGCCCCAGAUGAGCCCCCGGAACUCUUUGCCCUGCCCCCCGAGCUGGUCCUCGAGGUGCCCCUGGAGCACCCCACGCUGGAGUGGUUUGCGGCCCUGGGCCUGCGCUGGUACGCCCUCCCGGCGGUGAGCAACAUGCUGCUGGAAAUUGGGGGGCUGGAGUUCCCCGCGGCCCCUUUCAGCGGCUGGUACAUGAGCACUGAGAUCGGCACGCGGAACCUGUGUGACCCGCACCGAUACAACAUCCUGGAGGAUGUGGCCGUCUGCAUGGACUUGGAUACCCGAACCACCUCAUCCCUGUGGAAAGACAAGGCAGCCGUGGAAAUCAACUUGGCCGUGCUGCACAGUUACCAGCUGGCCAAAGUGACCAUUGUGGACCACCAUGCCGCCACGGCCUCCUUCAUGAAACACCUGGAGAAUGAGCAGAAGGCUAGGGGGGGCUGCCCUGCCGACUGGGCCUGGAUCGUGCCCCCCAUCUCCGGCAGCCUCACCCCUGUGUUCCAUCAGGAGAUGGUCAACUAUGUCCUGUCCCCUGCCUUCCACUAUCAGCCAGACCCGUGGAAGGGAAGUGGGUCCAAGGGUGCCGGCAUCACCAGGAAGAAGACCUUCAAGGAAGUGGCCAAUGCGGUGAAGAUCUCUGCCUCACUCAUGGGCACCGUGAUGGCAAAGCGAGUAAAGGCAACAAUCCUGUAUGGCUCCGAGACCGGCCGGGCCCAGAGCUAUGCACAGCAGCUGGGGAGACUCUUCCGGAAGGCUUUCGAUCCCCGGGUCCUGUGCAUGGAUGAGUAUGAUGUCGUGUCCCUCGAGCAUGAGACGCUAGUGCUGGUCGUGACCAGCACAUUCGGGAAUGGUGAUCCCCCAGAGAAUGGAGAGAGUUUUGCGGCGGCCCUGAUGGAAAUGUCUGGUCCCUACAACAGCUCCCCUCGGCCAGAACAACACAGGAGUUACAAAAUCCGCUUCAACAGUGUCUCCUGCUCAGACCCGCUGGUGUCCUCCUGGAGGCGGAAGAGAAAGGAGUCCAGUAACACAGACAGUGCAGGGGCACUGGGUACCCUCAGGUUCUGUGUGUUCGGGCUGGGCUCCCGGGCGUACCCCCACUUCUGUGCCUUUGCCCGUGCGGUGGACACACGGCUGGAGGAGCUGGGUGGCGAGCGGCUGCUGCAGCUGGGCCAGGGAGAUGAGCUGUGUGGCCAGGAGGAGGCCUUCCGUGGCUGGGCCCAGGCCGCCUUCCAGGCCUCCUGUGAGACUUUCUGCGUGGGAGAGGACGCCAAGGCUGCCGCCAGGGACAUAUUCAGUGCCAAACGGAGCUGGAAGCGCCAAAGGUACCGGCUCAGCACCCAGGCGGAGGGCCUCCAGCUGCUGCCAGGCCUGAUCCAUGUGCACAGGAGGAAGAUGUUCCAGGCUACCAUCCUCUCAGUCGAAAACCUGCAAAGCAGCAAGUCCACGUGAGGACAACCACUCCCGCCCCCACUCACACCCGCAGGUUCACCACCACUGUUCAAAGGCAACGUCUCCAAUAAAGCACAAGACAUGGAUGGUCAGGGCUGGUGUUACCCCCAAGCAACCAUCGCCUCAGACCACGCAGUUCCAGCUGGCCUCUUCCUCAGACCUCCCCUGUACACCACCCCCCCAGGUGGCCCACCCCCCAGCUGGGUUCGGGACCCCCGGCUGCCCCCCUGCACGCUGCGCCAGGCUCUCACCUUCUUCCUGGACAUCACCUCCCCGCCCAGCCCUCAACUCCUUCGACUGCUCAGCACCCUGGCCGAAGAGUCCGGUGAACAGCAGGAGCUGGAGAGCCUCAGCCAGGACCCCCGGCGCUACGAGGAGUGGAAGUGGUUCCGGUGCCCCACGCUGCUGGAGGCGCUGGAACAGUUCCCGUCCGUGGCACUGCCUGCCCCCCUGCUCCUCACCCAGCUGCCCCUGCUCCAGCCCCGGUACUACUCCGUCAGCUCGGCGCCCAGCGCCCACCCGGGAGAGAUUCACCUCACGGUGGCCGUGCUGGCGUACAGGACCCAGGAUGGACUGGGCCCCCUGCACUAUGGAGUCUGCUCCACAUGGCUGAGCCAGCUGAAGGCCGGAGAUCCUGUACCUUGCUUCAUCAGGGGGGCUCCCUCCUUCCGGCUGCCGCCUGAUCCCAGCUUGCCCUGCAUCCUAGUGGGCCCUGGCACAGGUAUUGCCCCCUUCCGGGGAUUUUGGCAGGAGCGGCUGCACGACAUUGACAGCAAAGGGCUGCAGCCGGCCCCCAUGACCUUGGUGUUCGGCUGCCGAUGCUCCCAGCUCGACCACCUCUACCGCGACGAGGUGCAGGAUGCCCAGCAGCGCGGGGUUUUUGGACGCGUCCUCACCGCCUUCUCUCGGGAGCCCGACUGCCCUAAGGUGCGACCCCCUGAGGCCGUGGUAACCUGA